AUGGGUCAUCGCCGCCACGGGGGGCGUGCGAUCGGCCAGAGGUUAUCUAGAGUCACCAAAGCCGCCGACGCCCGCCCCCCGGCCGGAGCCGGGAGGGAGCUCACCGGGAUCAACCAGCGGGCGGCGGCGAGGAGGAGACGGGGAGCCAACGAGGGGGAGCGAGGGCGGCGAGGCGGAUCCCGGGUCGCCGCACACAAGAACGACCGGGCAGGCCCGACCGGCCCGAGAGCACACACGAGGGUGGGCGCGGAGCGGGCGCGGGAAGGGAGGGAGGCGCGGACCUCGAUCCGGGAGACCGAGGCCACCGACCAGCGAACGCCGGCAGCGACCGGGAAGACCGACAACGGCGGGCCAAGCCGGCCGCCGACGCGACCCAACCGCCACCAUCCAGGACGGCGGCGCGGGCACACGGGCGCAAGCAGGCCACCGCGCGGUGACGAGCGGAGAGAGGAAAGAGCACGGAGAGGGCAGGGGAACCCGUGGCCGGAGGGGGGGGGGGAAGGGCACCGCACCGCACCCAAGCGCGGGGGCACCGCAUCACCGACACCCGCGGCCUGCCGGCCCGGCGGGCACGGGAGCGGCGGCGCGCACACACGGACGGGGAGGAGCGCCAGGCCCCUUUCUCCGCCCGGAGGCGGCGCGCCGACGUCCACGGUCCAGCCGGCCAGCCGGCCGGGUCGCGUGUGGCACACACCCGAGCGGCCGGAAAGCCAGGGGCGACGCACACGACGCAACGCAGGCCACACGGCCACGGGGGUCUUUUCUCCGCCUCCCUCAGAAGCCGGCCCGAAUUCACUCGCUCGCACGGACGCGGGGGCCGAGCGCACAACGACCCGCGCCGCCGCGGACCGGCGGUGCCGGCAGGGGGUCGGGGGUCCGCGGCGACGACCCAUCGGCGACAAGUCACCGGCCAACGGCGGCGGCCGGAGGCGGCGGCAGGGACCCCGGGAGGCGGGCGACACCAAACCCAACACACGCGAGCACGCUCACACGCGGACACCGCCGGCACAGAGCGGACAGGGCCAGGCACGGGAACCGGGGUCGCGCCGGGCACGCGGCGGCGACACGCCGAGAGAGCACAACACCCCAGAUCCGGGACAGGGGCGGGGACGAAGCCACACGGCUCGAGACGGAGGAGACGAUGCGAUGCGGGCAAGCCUACCCACGGCAAAGUGGGAGGGAGGCGCGGGAACCCGGGACAACAUCGCGCAGGCACGCGAGGCGGCGCCCAGCGGGAGGAGGAACCCUCGUCGUGAGCAAAACCGAUCCGAGAAGACCCUUCAAAAGCCACCGCCACCGCGACGACGUGCCUCCCCCACACCGGGGGAGCAGCCUCACGAGCUGAGCGCCGUCCCCCCCCCCCAAGAGAACGCCAACACAACACCCAACUCGACCGUCCGCCGGUGGCCGUCCACCAGGCCAAACCGGCGAGGAUCGCAGAAGGCUGAUGCGGGUGAGGAGGGCACGCCGGAAGCACAACAAGAAGAGCAGCGGGAGGGUCACCGGGUCGGGUCACCGGGGCGAGAGGCGAGUGAGCGAGCGGCCACCCCCUCACACGGGCGGGUGGCGCAGCCGCAGACCAACGGGGAGGUGGGACCUUUCCGGGCACAGCCGUCACGCCAGGUAAACGAACGCGGGAUCUCACCACCCCCAACUCCGGGGCGGUUCCGCGCAACGCCUGGGACACCGAGCCAGCCGACCAGCGGACCGGAAACCCCCACCGCGGCAGCGGCGGGCCCCCCCAAAAGAGGCCCGAGAGGGAAAAGGCAGCUCUCGCACACACCUCAAAGACCCCGUGAACGCCCGCGGAGCCGCCCGCGCCAGCAGGGCCCCACCGCCUCCAUCCACACCACACCGCCGGGCACAGCACCCAUCAUCGACCGCCUCUUUUUCAGCCGCGUGAGCAAGGGCCCACACACACCGGGAUCCUCGGCUCCGGAGGGCCAGAACCCCCCCGAGCGGCACACCACCACGGGCACGGCGGCCCCGGAACACCGCGGGGCCCAGCGCCCGCACAGCUCCGUCGUCGCCAACGGGCGGCGGCCCACACAGACGCUCGGGAACAGCGUCGCCAGGGGCCGGAGGGGGAGGGGGACGGGACCCCCAAAAACCCCACGGCAACCCAAGCACGAGGCCGGGAAGCCACACACCACACGCCCUCGCAUCGCGACCCGGCGCGGGCUCCAGGCUCCGCCACUCGACACACCACACGUGAGGCAGGGGCGGGGACGGAUCGGGAACGUCCUCCACUCACCACACCAGACGACGGCCCGGGAGAGGUCCCGCGGGACCCUCCCCCAGCUCGGAGGGGGGAGGCGCGGGCACGCAGUUUACCGACGCGGGCAGCCACUAGCGCUCAAAAGCGGGGCAGGGAGCGGCAGGGCCGCGGGAGCCCAUCGGGGGCGGGCCCCCACCAACCCAGCAGCGCACGCCGCUUCCCGAACGAGGAUCGCUAGAGAACCUCUCCUCACUCUGAGGGUGGCCCGCACCCAACCCCGACGGGAACCCCGCCGGGAACCAGCACACAUCAGAGGCGUCCAUCCUUCCCACCACGGGGGGCAGGGAGGGGUGGGGCACAGGGGGGGGUCUGCGGCAGCAGCAACACCAACCCUGGUCGGUCGGCCUUGCCGUGCGGGGCCAGAGCAAAGUCGCGCACACGGGCGGAGAGCCCGCACGGGCCCGGCUCGCUUCCCACUGCAACAUCUCAGGUCCCCCGGUGCGAUGAAAGCCAGGUGA